AUUCCCGCAGCGCGGCGCGGGCCGCAGAGCCGCGCUGGAGACCGGCGGGGCGCGUCCGGCACCGCGCUGCACGGCCACGGCCACAGACGGCCCCGAGCGGCACGGCCACGGCCUGCCCGGCCCCGAGCUGCCCACCGACAGCCACCCCCGGCCCCGCGCUGCCCAGCCGGCCCCGGCCUCUCGCCACGCCGGGGUUUUUCCUCCUCCUCCUCUCGUCUUUUCUCUCCUGCAACUUGCAAAAGUUUCUCCGCCCGCCUUUGGGCGUUUGGAGUUUUGGUUUUUGAGUUUCGUUUUUUGAGGGGUUAGGGAAAAAUAAUAAGAAUAAAAAAAACUUUUGCAAACUUUUUCCAGCUUUCUCCCUCUGCUCCCCAGCCGCGCUUCGCGCUGGGGGAGGCUUCACUUCUCCCAGUUUUCCUUUUUUAACCCUUCCCUGCCCCUCAGCCACCUGAUUUUUUUUUUUUUUUUCACAUUUUCAUUUUUUUACCCCCUGUCCUCCCCCUCGGCCACUUUCUCGCAUGAAUCUCCUAGACCCCUUCAUGAAGAUGACAGAAGAACAGGACAAAUGCAUCUCCGACGCCCCCAGCCCCACCAUGUCGGACGACUCCGCCGGGUCUCCCUGUCCCUCCGGAUCCGGCUCGGAUACGGAGAACACCAGACCCCAAGAAAACACCUUCCCUAAGGGCGACCCGGACCUGAAGAAGGAGAGCGACGAGGACAAGUUCCCGGUGUGCAUCCGGGAGGCGGUGAGCCAAGUGCUCAAGGGCUACGACUGGACCCUGGUGCCGAUGCCGGUCCGGGUGAACGGAUCCAGCAAGAACAAACCGCACGUCAAACGGCCCAUGAACGCGUUCAUGGUGUGGGCGCAGGCGGCCCGCAGGAAGCUGGCGGACCAGUACCCGCACCUGCACAACGCCGAGCUCAGCAAGACCCUGGGCAAGCUCUGGAGGCUGUUGAAUGAGAGCGAGAAGCGUCCCUUCGUGGAGGAGGCCGAGCGGCUGCGGGUGCAGCACAAGAAGGACCAUCCUGACUACAAGUACCAGCCGCGGCGGCGGAAGUCGGUGAAGAACGGGCAGUCGGAGCAGGAGGAGGGCACGGAGCAAACCCACAUCUCCCCCAACGCCAUCUUCAAGGCGCUGCAGGCGGACUCCCCGCAGUCAUCCUCCAGCAUCAGCGAGGUGCAUUCACCCGGGGAGCACUCGGGACAAUCACAGGGUCCCCCGACGCCCCCCACUACCCCCAAGACGGACACACAGCCGGGCAAGCAGGACCUGAAGCGGGAGGGCCGCCCUCUGCAAGAAGGCGGCCGGCAGCCGCCCCACAUUGACUUCCGAGACGUGGACAUCGGCGAGCUCAGCAGUGACGUUAUCUCCAACAUCGAGACCUUCGAUGUCAACGAGUUCGAUCAGUACCUCCCCCCCAACGGCCACCCGGGGGUCCCGGCCACACACGGGCAGCCCGGCCAGGUCACCUACACCGGCAGCUACGGCAUCAGCAGCACGUCGGGCACGCAAGCCGGGGCCGGCCACGUGUGGAUGUCCAAGCAGCAGCCGCAGGCACCGCCGCAGACACAGCCACAAGCACAACACACGCUGCCAGCGCUGAGCAGCGAGCAGGGCCCGGCGCAGCAGAGGACACACAUCAAGACGGAGCAGCUCAGCCCCAGCCACUACAGCGAGCAGCAGCAGCACUCCCCGCAGCAGCUCAACUACAGCUCCUUCAACCUGCAGCACUACAGCUCGUCCUACCCCACCAUCACUCGCUCACAGUACGACUACACCGACCACCAGAACUCCAGCUCUUACUACAGCCACGCCGCCGGCCAGAGCAGCAGCCUCUACUCCACCUUCACCUACAUGAACCCCACGCAGCGCCCUAUGUACACCCCCAUUGCAGACACUUCGGGGGUCCCCUCCAUCCCCCAGACCCACAGCCCGCAGCACUGGGAACAACCCGUCUACACGCAGCUCACCAGACCCUAAAGCCAUUAGAAAAACCAGAAAAAAAGAAGAAAUUUCAGAAGAGAAAACACACAAAACAGCACGAAAGCUGCAAGAAGAAGAACUUUCACAGACUUUUUCCUUCUUUGAAAUUAAAGUAAUAAUCAAAGACACUGAGGUUAAAAGCUGGCGGGGAGGAGGAAGCGCUUCUGCACUACAGCAUCCCCCCGGGAAGUGGCCAGCCCGCUCUGAGAACCAGCAAAACUCGGUGCAGACUUUCCAAGGACUGGACUUAAACUCCGCUUCCAGGAGAGAGGAGGUUUCCAACCAGCUCGGCUGCCUUGUUCUCUGGACUUUUGUAAUGAGUUUUUUUAGCAGUUAUUAACAAAAAGAAAAAAAAAAAAGGAGAAAAAAAAUGGGGGGGGGAAUAAAGAGAAAACUCAGAGUCCUCUGUGAGGAACAUUCUCUAUUUUAAAUAUUUUUUAGUAUGUACUGUGUAUGAUUCGUUACCAAUUUGAGGGGAUUUAUACCUAUUUUUUAGAGAUUUUUUAAAUGCUCUUAUUUUUCCAACAGCUAAAAAACAACACUUAGCGGGGCAGCCCUAGGUUUUCUUGCAGUCAGAGGUAUUUUUGUAUAGAUUAAGUGUC